GAUGGAGCACGAAGGGCCAGGAAAGGGGAGAAGGAAAAGAGAAAGGCCAGGAAAAGGGCAAAGGAAAAGACCAGGAAAGCACCGAGAAGGACCACAAGGGAAAGGGAAAAGCGAAAGGCCAGGAAAAAGGAAAGGAGAAGGGCCAGGAAAAGGGCGAAGGAAAAGGCCAGGAAAGUACCGAGAAGGGCCAGGAGAAGGGAAAAGGAAAGGUGAAAGGCCAGGACAAGGGCAAGAGGAAAGGCCAGGAAAGCACCGAGAAGGGCCAAGAAAAGGGGAAAGGACAGGAGAAAGGUCAGGAAAAGGGCAAAGGGAAAGCCCCGGAGAGCCCCGAGAAGGGCCAGGAGAAGGGAAAAGGAAAGGAAAAAGGCCAGGAAAAGGGCCAGGAAAAGGGCAAAGGGAAAGGCAAGGAAAGCACCGAGAAGGGUCAGGAGAAGGGAAAAGGAAAGGAAAAGGGCCAGGAAAAGGGCAAAGAGAAAGGCCAGGAAAGCACCGAGAAGGGCCAGGAAAAGGGAAAAGGAAAGGUGAAAGGCCAGGAAAACACCGAGAAAGGCCAAGAGAAGGGGAAAGGAAAGGAGAAAAGCCAAGACAAGGGCAAAGGGAAAGGCCAGGAGAGCACCGAGAAGGGCCAGGAGAAGGGAAAAGGAAAGGACAAGGGCCAGGAAAAGGGCAAAGGAAAAGGGCAGGAAAGCACCGAGAAGGGCCAGGAGAAGGGAAAAGGAAAGGAAAAGGGCCAGGAAAAGGGCAAAGAGAAAGGCCAGGAAAGCACCGAGAAGGGCCAGGAGAAGGGAAAAGGAAAAGAAAAGGGCCAGGAAAAGGGCAAAGAGAAAGGCCAGGAAAGCACCGAGAAGGGACAGGAAAAGGGAAAAGGAAAGGAGAGCACCGAGAAGGGCCAGGAGAAGGGAAAAAGACAGGAAAAAGGCCAGGAAAAGGGCAAAGGGAAAGCCCAGGAGAGCACCGAGAAGGGCCAGGAGAAGGGAAAAGGACAGGAAAAAGGCCAGGAAAAGGGCAAAGGGAAAGCCCAGGAGAGCACCGAGAAGGGCCAGGAGAAGGGAAAAGGACAGGUGAAAGGCCAGGAGAAGGGCAAAGGGAAAGGCCAGGAGAGCACCGAGAAGGGCGAGGAGAAGGGAAAAGGGCAGGAGAAGGGAAAAAGGAGAGGAAAAAGGCCAGGAGAAGGGCAAAAGGAAAGCCCAGGAGAGCACCGAGAAGGGCCAGGAAAAGGGGAACGGAAAAGAGAAAGGCCAGGACAAGGGCAAGGGGAAAGGCCAGGAAAGCACCGAGAAGGGUGGUAA